AGUGGACUUGAGAGGAUAAGUACCAGUUGAUGCUAAAACCCUAGUACCUAGCUUUCAACCCUACGACUAAAUCUUUUGAAAAAUUCCUAUUUGGGUAAGGCUCCCUGACCUUCCCUUGCCUUGCAAUAUUGGUUUGAUUCUUGUUUUGUGGUUUUAAGUAGCUCUCUGGGUAGAUUCCUCGUAGUAGAUGAGGCCUCUUUAUCUCAUUAGAACCCUAUUGUUGCAGAACUCCAGGAACAUCAUGUUACGCAGCAAACUGUUUAUCAUUCCAUUCCAUUUCCGCAAUGCGUAUUCCACCCUUACCAGUACCCAUGCUUAUUCGCAGAACCUCUUUUCACACUUUGCCUCCACCAAAUUUAACAUGUCUGCAGCCGACAUCACUCGGAUGUUUAAACGAAAUCCCUCCUUGCAGAGCCUUCAAACCCUCGACAAGGUCGAGCAGUUUGUUGAUAUGUUGAACAGAUACGGCUGCUCUCAAGUCCAAAUCGCUAAGAUAAUGAUGUCACAGCCGCCAAUAAUCAGCACAAGUGCAGAAAGAAUAUUGGAACCCAAAAUCAAACUGCUGGAAGAUUUCGGCUUUCAAGGUGAAACUUUGGCGAAGCUUUUGGCGAGCUAUCCAUACAUCUUGAGCGUCAGCCUCGAGAACACCCUUCUUCCCAAGAUGGAGUUUCUUAAGAAUCUAUUUCACUCCCAGGAGUUCCUCAUCAAAUCUUUGCUUAGGGCUCCCUCCAUUUUCAGUUAUGAUCUGGAGAAAACCCUGAAGCCCUCGGUUGUUUUCUGGGAGAGAUGGGGUUUUCAGGGCACGGAGCUCUUCCGACUCUUACGUCAUAGACCGGACAUUCUGCAACGCUCUUCUCUAACGCCUGCCCAAGUUGAUCUCAUUCGUGAGAUUGGCGUCGCCAAAGAAAGCAAGGCGUACACAUUUAUUGUAGGUGUAGUAGCUAUUAGCCGCAUCGAAACGCUGAAGGCCAAGAUAGAGAAUCUCCAACUCUGCGGACUCUCGGCUGAAGAAACCUGGCAAGUAUGUCGGCCUGCACCUCAAGUGCUUCUUUACUCCAAGGUAAGAGUUCGUGAAACGAUGAACUUUGUAGUUAAAGACAUGGAGCUCCCUGCAAAUUAUAUAGUGAAGCACACCUGCUUGUUGCAUUUAAAUUUGGAAAAGGUUAUGAGGCCCAGGUUUCUAGUUUGGCAGAAAAUCAAAGCCAUGAAUGUCUCGAGCCUUUCUCUUUUGUCAGUAUUGAAGAUGCCAGAGGAAAGGUUUGUUAGAAAUAUUAUCAGAGGACAUCCUGAAUCUACAACACUGUGGAUGGUUUAUGAAAAUGCCAUCUCUAAGGCCUCCAACCACACAAAGAGCUCAAUCCAAUGCUGAUUUGUAUUUUUGGGAAGGACACAGUGAGAGGCAGGCCCUCCUCGUCAUGGUGUUGGCUUUGGGCAUUUUGCAUUUCUGGAGGUACGAUAUUUAACAGCACAAGCUACGUCCAUAUUCCCCUGCCCUGCAUUCUGUCUGAUUGUUCUUCAAGCAAGAGACAGGGUUUAUUCCCAAGUUUUGUGUCUAUGAGUUAUGUUGGAGCCUGUUUGAGAGCCAAGGGAAGAGGAGUCUUGAAGAUCUCUGCUGCGAAAUUGUAAUAUUGUAAUAUUGGAAAAUGACAGGAUUUGGAGAGGAAGUGAUGUAGCCCUCUAACACUUGGUGAAAUUCAGACAUGUUUGCUGAUGUUUAUACUGUUAUUAAUAAUUGCUGAAAGAUCCGUACCAUACAAAUUACAAUGUAGGGAAGUCUUGUCCUACGAGGAUAUCACCAAAAGAUGGCAUUUUGAUUAUAAUAGUAGAAAGAUAUAGAGACAUAUAGAAAGAUAUAGAGACAAACAGGAUUCAAGCUUCAUUGAACAUUGUAAUUUAUGAAACAAUCAUUCAAACAUGUUAUAAUAUAUUUAAAUCUUUUUGUUUA